UUGUCACGGACGCUCCGCUGUCGCCGGGGCUGUCGGCGCGGAGCCGCUCGCAUUGUAGUUGAGAUGACUUGCACUUCCUGCCAAGAAAUAAAGAUAUAAAAUCUUAAAAGUUAUCAGAAUAAAAGAACAUACAGAUCUGAUCUGAUGCAGACCUGUGGUAGAAUCAAUAUUCUGCUGAGUAUCAAGAUUGUUCUUUGACUAGCCAUACUAAAGGAGAAGAGUACGUUCAUACAGCUUGCUAGUGUACUUCAGAGAGAAUAAAACUGAGAAUUAAGAACUGAUGGAACAGAUUCUAAAAAUGGAAUGGGGAGGAGAGUAUUCACUUGAUUCUUCCAAUUUAGACUGUUUGUUAAAUGUCCUUCCUGGAGAAUUGGAAUUUCAACAAAUCCUGAGUGAUGUUGAUGAGAAAAUAAAGAACAACUCUUCCAGCAUAGAAAAGUGUCUUAAAGACCUGCAAAAAGAAGUAAAUGAAAUAUGUACUGAUGAAAUUCUACAAAGCACAACUGACUGCAUUCAGUGGCUAAAUAACUGCAAUUUUAGUUCUCUCAGAUCUUCUUCUACAGACCAUGGAGAGCUGAUGGAGUUCCUUAGGACCCUGCAAAGCUUGCUGAAGAAUGAGCAAAAUCAAGAAGAAAUGGUACUUCACUUCCUUCUGGAUCUCUCUAGUCAGUGUGGUGUCUCAUUUCCCUGCACUCCAACUGGGACAUCUUUUGAGUUAACGUCUUCCCUUCAUACCAUUGAAGAUGAUUCAGCUAUGGAUGUGAAGUCUCUUUGGGAUGAUGUGAGAUUGCAUCUUCGACAAUUUUUAAUAAAUAGACUGCAAAGUCAAGAAGAAGCAAACGCUACUGCUUUGCAACAACAAAUGGAGUUUAAAACUCAGUGCAUACAGCAACUUUUGUUUCUUUAUCCUGAAUCAGAAGUCUUAACGAAGUAUCAAAAUAUGCAGAAUAAACUGGUUAGUGAUCUUCUACAGAACUGUAUUUUAUCUAGUUGUGGUGAAACAAAUUUUGAUAAGGUGGUUCAUGGUUACCAAAGUUCCAUACCCACAUUGUGCACAAUGAUAAAAGAAGAUUUGUAUAUACUAAGUGGAACUAUUGAUCCUUCUUCAUCAUUGAAGUUUAUUAAUGAAACUUAUCUGGAUACCAUCACAGAAGAAAUGACAGUUCUUCUUGAAAGACUUUGUGAGCUGCAGUUCAAAGAAAAUGCUCUACAUAUAGUUAAAGCAAACAAGAUUUCAAAGAAGUGUAGAGGAACAGUUCACGCUGUGGCCUCCCAAGAAUACCCCAAAAAAGGAAGGAACUUCUGCUUAACAUUGUAUCAACUCAAAUGUCUUUCUCAACUUAUCAAACUCUUCUUAUUAAUGGAGGAAAAAAUUGAAGAGCUCUGUGCAGAAAUUCUGUUGCUGCCUUCAUUUAUGGAGCGGAAUAAGAACGUUCAAGGAGUUCUGAAGAGAGCUAGUGGGGAGCUUUUAAUAGGAGAAACUAGAGCAAAUGAAACCAGCGUGCUUCCUGAACAGUUACUUCAGGUAGAAGAGCCUAUUUUACUGAAUUUUGGCUGGAGAAAUGCAUUUAAAGACCUGUCUUCUUCUGUGGCUCACUGUAUAACAAUAGCAAUCGAGGAUUUUUCAUCUAAAAUUCUUCAACAUGAGCAGAAAGAAGAGUUUUCAGCUGCAGGCUGUGCAAUGAGUCUUGUAAACAACCAGCAAAUGAGGGAGUCCUGCAGAGCAGUCCAAGAGGAGGAGCAACCAAAACGAAUUGCUAAGUUUUGUUCUGACAUCAUGGAAGAACUGGACACAUUGCUUCCAUUGGCUCUGGCGUGCAGAGAUGAUUCUCUUCAGGAAAUUAGAGCAAACUUUGUAGAGGCCUGCAGCAAAGUGGCAACAGCUGUGCUGGCAAGACUCGAGGAGAAGAGCAAAGACAUUCCCUCCAAGGCUCCCCUGCAAGACUUAUGUGCUGCCCUUUCCACAGCGAUAUAUGUCUUUCAGCAUUUUACAAUGUAUAGCAAUUUAAUGAGAGAAACAAGCAAAAACCCCCUGUUCCUAGUGCUUGUCCAACAAUACCAGGAAUUCAUCAGUGUUCUCCAGUUUCAAGUUACGAACUACUGCAUCAGAGUUUGUGCUACAAGCAUAUUACAGGAUGCUGAGAGCCACCACUGGGAUGACUACAAAGCUUUUUAUGAGGGGGAAAGAUGCUCAUUCUCUGUCCAGAUGUGGCAUUACUUCUGCUGUGCUAUUCGUCAUGAUCUAUGGACUAUUCUACCUCCAAAGACAGCCCAGGAAAUUCUUACAGAUGUACUAGAGCAAUCUUUGGAUAUUCUGUCCUCCAGAUAUUGUCAGGUGCAUCCCAGUUACAAGAGAACACCUCAAAUCAGAAUUGAUAUUGCAGCAAUUUUGAUGUCCACUGAAGAUAUGCUCUGGUCAAGUUGUAGUUCUGUACAGGAGUUUCUGAAUCCCCAUGAAGACAGAGAUCUCAAGAUCUAUAAAAUACACAGCCACUGCAAUAAUCUGAUCUCUGUGCUGGCUAUUUUAACUUCACCACUGAAGAAUUUGUAUGAGACAUUACUGAAUAGUUGUGGUGAACAUCUUCCUCAAGAGUUUUCAGAAGUCUUUUAUCAUCCAUCACAUUGGUUAUUUUGCAUACCAUCAUCCUGUUUUUUCUUACUGAAGAUUCCAUCAGCCAGAGAAAUGGCAGCCCAGGGUCAGCUGAAACUGCUCUUAUCCCAGCCAUAUUGUAAUUUGAACUUGCUUUUGGACACAUUGCUACAUCAUGAUUGUCUCUUAGUGAAAAUUUUGCUGAGGAGCUCAGGACAUGAAGCAUUGAAUCGUGAUGAACAAAGUUCUCUCUUAGAACAGAUAAAUAACAAAGAGCCUACUCUGAUUGAAACAAUCUUCACUGUAUUGUCUUACUGCACUUUAUCGCCCAAAUCUCUUGGUAUUGCUUUUGAGACCUACAUGGAAAAAGAGCAGUUGUGGAAUUGCUUAUACAGUAUGACAGUUUCCAGUUGUGGUGAGUCAGAGCCAGAAGUUAUCAGAUGCUUGAAGUUGACUUUGAUUAAUUCAGUCAAGGGUGUAGUGAAACAGAUUAUUUCUUUGAUGCAUUCAUGGGAGGCAACAGAAAACUAUGGAACUUACCAGCACAAGCAAAUAGUACCUGAAAGUUUACUGAAAACAGUUCCAAAGGAAUGGAAUUACACUCCUCGGGAAAUGAAGAGAAAAGAAUCUGGGAAAUGCUUCACAAGGCUUGCAGCUCAGGCAGUAUCUAUUGUAAUCAGCAAGUUACCUACAGUGAUUGCAUGUUUGCCUCCCCCAAUUAAGUACUUCUUUUUUCUGGCUGAGAGAAAAAUGUCAAGAAACUUUGCUGAAUUGAAGAAAGCUGGUCUGCUUGUCUGGAACUUGAUUCUAAUUAUAUGUCGGAUAUUUGAGGAUGGAAAUACUGCAGAACUUUUAACAGGUGCAACACUUGACAGAUGGAGCAAAGAAAAACUCAGUUUAGUUCGUGUGUGCUUAGAAAGUAUUAUGGGAAAACAGAAAAGUGGUCCUAAGCAAGUGACCCAGAAGAUUAUACAAAACAUUGAACAGCAGAGACCAAACUGGAUUGAAAGCCAGUUGCUGAAGGCAAGAAAAUUGAGCACAGACUGUGCCUCAGACACAGUAGAAGGUGCAACGUUAGAGGAAGGAGGUAUUGCAUUUGGAUUCACUGAGCAGAAAAUAAACAUGAUGGUCCUGGAUAUCUGCCACAAACCAGGUGGCAGCGAGUACCUGAGGCAAAUUUAUCACAUCAUCCAGCUCAAUGAGGAAUAUUUGAAAGACCAACUGUCUUGUGAGAAUUCUUCUGAAGAUGGUGUUAUGUCCAGUCAAUGCCUGCCUUUGACGCUGAAGGGCAGAGAAGAGCAGCCUGUCUUCAACCCUUUCCAGGUGUACAGACAAUCUUGUGCAAAAGUGUUCAAUCAGUCAGCCAGUACUGAAGGGAACUGGGACUGGUCAAACUUGCUGCCAAGUUGCUUGGGAUUGAAUCAGAUGACCUUCAGGGUGCUGCUGACACACAGCGGGAUGGAGAAGAGAAUUGGGGGCAGAAGAGGUCAAGAUCAUGGAUUGAGAGAAGAACAAUUUACUGGAAACAGCAAUGAAAUAAGAAAAUGAACAGUAACAGCAACAAUACUAAUGACAAAGCGUACAAGAAAGAGGCUAACAAUUCACAAGAAAAGCCCCUGAAAAUAGACAAUAGCUAACUGUCGCGCAGGGUCUUUAUAUAAUAAAGAAAUUAAGUCAGCUCCCCGAUGAGAUGGUAAUCAAAGAGGCUUUUAUUCAAACCCGGCGCUGUUUUUAUCCCUUAAAACCAUGUGACCUUGUGACCAAUGAGGGUACAUAUUUCCACGCAUGUCCCCUGGGCUUCCCUGCCCUGGGUGCUUCCCCUGCACCCCUGGACACGCCUCCUACAUCACCCCCUUCUCAAUUAUUUAAGACGGUCAUGAAAACAGUGCAAAAACAACAGUGCAAACAACAGAACAGUAUAUUAUAAUCUACCAUAGCUUUGCAAUGACCCAGCACAUUGCUUGCUUUGGCUCCUUAUACAUCUAUUGUAAACCUUUUAAAACUGUCUUAUAUUUCUCAGGGGUAGUGCAACUUGGAAAAAUAACUUUAUUAACCUAGGGGCCUUAGCCCAACCAUGCAUAGACUUAUAACCUUUAUUAAUCUGAGGGUUUAAAUAACUGGGAAAUCAACUUUAUUUCAAAAACAGGAUAAGCUUACCAAACUAAAUUCUCUUAAAGUGACCGUGUGGCGGAGGUAGUGUUAUUUUGUGAGGUGUUUGGUGUUUAAGGCACUUGUCCAGUCAAACAACUCUCUUAUUCAUUCACACACACAUUCACUGACGGCCGUCAUUCCAUUCAUCAUACACACACUCAUGGAUUUUGUAUAGACUCUGCAUUUUGCCACACUGGUCAUCCUCAAAUGUAAACCUGAAACGGAAACAUAACUUUUUUAUAACUUCUGCGUUACUCUGGUUCUUACUGCUGUGGUUGUGUACCUAGGUAGGGUCUAACACACCUGAAGGGAAUCCAUUUCAGCUCGUUUCCUGUAGCCACACAGGCAUAGCCUCGCCCCCAAGUCAUGAGGUCCACCGGUCCCGUCCACUGCCCUGAAAUCAGAUCUCUCACCAUGACUGGUGGUUUGGGACAGGCAAAAGCCUGAGGCCUGUGCUGCCUUUCGUGCCUGCUUUUUUCAACACUGUCACAAUUUAAAAAAUUUAGGACAUAUGUGGCUUUCCACAGACGCUCUUGCGGACUACAGACUGAUUCCCCCCUUUUCUGUUUAGUUAACAUGUCUUUCAGUGUGCGAUGUACCCUUUCAGCAAUUGCUUGUCCAGUGGGUGAGUGUGGAAUACCUGUGGGGUGAGAAAUUCCCCAAUCUGACAGGAAGUUUCUUACCUUUUCUGAAAUGAAAGCUGGCCCAUUGUCGGUCUUAAUCUAUUUUGGGGUAUCAAGGGUUGCAAAACAACUGAGCCAGUGUCUUAUUACAUCCUUGGCCUUUUCUCCAGUGUGUGCAAUGGUGGUUAUGUAUUGUGAAUGGGUAUCUACUGUAACGUGUACAUAUUUUAAUGUGCCAAAGUCGGCUAUAUGUGUGGUAUCGUUUGCCAAAUCUCAUUUGCCAUUAACCCUCUGGGGUUAAUGCCUUCCUGAGAUGGCAUGGGUGUGAUUUGCUGACAGUCUGGGCAUGACAUGAUUAUGUCUCAAGCUUGAUUGAGUGUUAUUUGAAAUUGUCUCUUCAGUGAACAUGCGUUCUGGUGGAAAAAUGAAUGAGACAAUUUUGCUUGCUCUAAGACUCUAGGUACGGUGUUAAACAUUGCUGCUUUGUCAGCCUCUCGGUUCCUGUCAGCUGUUGGUCCUGGCAUUUCAGUGUGUGACCUUGUGUGCAUUAUGUAAAAAUCAAACUUUCUGUGAUUGACAAGAAACCAUACAGAAUGCAUUUCAAACAACAGGUGAGGGUUAGCAACAUCUCGAAGAAAUGAACUUUCAAGAUGGGACACUAACCCUGCAGCAUAACAGGAAUCGGUAACAACAUUAACAGGUUGUUCAGAAAACUUUCCCAAGGCAAUACGUAUGGUAGCCAGUUCCAGAACCUGCACAGAGCCCUGGUUCAUGGUUUGUACCUCUCCUUCCCAUUGUCCUGUGUCAGAGUUUACCCAUGCCACUGCAGCUUUUGGGGUCUGCCCAGAUGCAUCUGUGAAGACCAUAAGGCCUUUCACUGGUUCAUGUUUGCAUCUGGUUGUGGCUUUUAAGGGUAGAUUACUGACUUCUGCCCACAAUCUGUGUUUAGGGAGAUGAAUUGAAAUGUCACCGUCAAAGCCUGCCAAGGCAGCCUGGAAUCCUGCAUCCUCAGCUAGCAUCCCAUCAAGGUUGUCCUUUGUAGCUGGGAUGUAGAUGGUUGCAGGAUCUCUCCCGUCCAGCUCCUUUAGUUGUCCUCUGCCUUUAAUGACAAGCUUGGUGAACAUUUCAUUAGUAGUCCACACAGUUUUAGGUGGUGUGUGGGGCAGAAAUAGCCACUCUAAAAUUUGCAGUGGGUCUUUUUCAGUCUGAUCCCACUGAAACAAAACUGUAGAUGGCUGGUACCUGCUGGGUGCGAGAGCAAGGCAGAUUUGUAGUUCAGGAUUUCUCCUUCUGCCUUGUCUGCUUUCUAUUGCCUUGGCACAAGUGUCUAACGCCUACUUUGCCUCUGCUGUCAGAGACCUGCUAGACAUUAGGUCUGAGUCCCUCUUAAGCAGCUCAAUUAGAGGGUGUAGCUCCUCUGUGGUUAUGCCUAAAAUAGGCCUUAACCAGUUGAUGGCUCCCAGAAGUUUUUGAAGCUCGUGUAAAGUUAAAGUGUUUUUUACCUCGAGCUGCAGUGGCUGUGGAGAAAUUUCCUGCUGAGUGAUUUUCCAUCCAAGGUAUGUCCAGUGUUGCGAUUGCUGCAUUUUUUCUGGAGCAACCUGUAACCCUGCAUCUUGGACAACUUUGAUUAGAGCAGUAACAACAAAUUGCAGUUCAUGUUCUGUGGCCUUGGUUAUUAAUAUGUCGUCUAUAUAAUGGUGUAUGAUGGC